AUGGUUAUGAUUGCUGCUUUCCAGCCACUACGAAUCAGCUCAUUGGAAGGAAUUUACAGCCCCAGCCCAAAAUUAAUUAACUUUGCCUUACAUUUCACGCUCUCCUUCCCAUCUUCUUCCUUCAUUCCCCGUCAGAGGCUUGCCAUCGAAACAAGCCCUAUUUGCUCGCCUCUACGAGCUUCUGCAACACUAGAGGAUGAAAGGAUAAAGAAAAAUUCAGAAGUUGGUUUGGAGGUUUUAGGAUGGGCUAAUAGAAGUCAUAAACUUGAGGAGAAAAAGAAUGCUGAAAAGGAGAAAGCUAAGCACCUCUCACAAAUUUUUGAUGAGCAGAUGACUCCCAGGGAAGCCUUUAGGAUGAUUUCUCAUAAAUUCCAUGGAAAGGGGCCUGGCAAAAUGAAACAAGAAAAGCGCAUGAAGCAAUACCAAGAAGAAUUGAAGUUGAAGCAAAUGAAAAAUUCAGAUACACCAUCACUGUCUGUGGAUCAGAUGAGGGAAGCCCAGGUUGAGCACUUCUUGGGAAUAAAACGCACGGUGGAGCAUGGGAAAUAUAACACACAAAAGAAGCCUAAAACAGUUUAUGGAACUUAGAACAGUUACAAGGAGCUGCUUGGAAGUUGUUGCUACUGAUACUUAUUCAAUACCCUUGACCCUGAAAAGUGUGGCAUCCAUUUGUUUGUUCUAUUGGCUGUAAAUAAAAGUUUCAUAUGUCAUAGAAGAGAACCUUCAAAUUUUGUAAGAUGGAUUUGUAGGGUUUUUGAUGGAGAGUGUGAAUGAGAAAUUAUUUGAUAA